AGGACGUCAGCGUCCUAGCAACCAUAUCAACAGUUCGUAAGAAGCUUGUCAGGACGUGGAACUGUUGUAUUUCAUUACCAACGUCUUCAUGUGGAAACAUAUUUAUCUUACUCAACCGAGUUCAAAGCUAUACUCAUCGUUGCCGAAGGAAGAGUCCACUACUUUGCAUAUACUGCAUGUCCUCAACCACGAUGAGAAGAUCUGAGUUAGGACUGACAUCGUCUGCACUACUUCUUUUCUUUAUGUUUGUCAUGAAGUUUUCAGAAGGGGUAGACGCCGUCUGUCCGCAGGGUUGGAGUCACUUCCAAGGAAGCUGCUACAAAUUCAUCGCGAGCAGAGCCACCUACCCAGAAGCUCUGGGUCUCUGUGAAAGGGAGGGACAUGAGAUCCUUACCGUCAAUUCUUCCGAGGAAAACAAUUUCGCCAAAGGUUUAAUGAUACCAAGAGAGAGUGUCUGGAUGGGAGUAAACGACCUUUUUAACGAGGGACGUUGGGUCUUCGCGAAAAGAACACAUGAUGGUCACAUGACCAAAAACCCAGUUGUGUUCACCAGAUGGGCACCAGGGGAACCGAAUAAUGCCGCAGAGGAGGACUGUGGAGAAAUGUAUUCAAAUGGAAACUGGAACGACUGCCGUUGCCAAGCAAGACUUUAUAUCAUUUGUGAAACAAUACACCGGGACUAGGAUGACGACCGUUUCAUCGUUUAAAUCCUCAGUGCAAGAUGACUGCAUUGUCUGUAAAAUCUGAGUAAAGGUUACUUUCUUGUCUGCAAACUGUAGAAUAAAGAAGAGAAGUAGGUGUUUAUUA